CAACGAAACCAAAAUUUCCAAACCAAGAAGCUGGCAGGCGAGCUGGAAAACCGGCCAAACCUUGUUAUCAUCGCCCGUUCAUUAGGAAGUACCCGUAUUGCCCUCCCUCCCUCGCGUGGGUCUGCGCUCACACAUCUGGGGUACAACCGGGACGGGUAAAGCCUCGCCGCUCGAAUUCGAGCCCAUCGCCUCCGCGGCUACACACCAGUACCCACGACGCUGCGCAACCCGGCGCCCGAUUCCGCCGGCCAGGAUGCAGAGCUCGCUCGCGCGGCCGUUGCGUCCGCCGUCCAGGGCCGCUUGUGGAGGGAGCCGCGGCCGCGGGGACAAUCCGCGCGGUUCGGUCUCCGUGGUUCGGUGCCAAGCCGAGGCCGCGCCGCCGGCAGGGACGGCGGCUAGGGCGGCGGGGCCGUACACCGGGAGGGACCCGGAUGUGAAGAAGCCUGCGUGGCUGCGGCAGCGGGCGGCGCAGGGGGAGAAGUACGCGCGGCUGCGGGAGUCGAUCGGCGAGCUCAAGCUCAACACCGUCUGCGUCGAGGCCCAGUGCCCCAACAUCGGCGAGUGUUGGAACGGAGGAGGCGGGGCUGGCGGGGAAGGGGACGGCAUCGCGACGGCGACCAUCAUGGUGCUCGGCGACACUUGCACGCGCGGGUGUCGAUUCUGUGCUGUGAAGACCAGCAACAAGCCGCCGCCGCCGGAUCCCCUGGAGCCUCUGAACACGGCUUUGGCCGUUGCAAGCUGGGGAGUAGACUAUGUUGUGCUGACCAGUGUUGAUAGAGAUGACUUACCUGAUGGUGGAAGUGGCCAUUUUGCUCAGACAGUGAGAGCUUUAAAGGAGCUAAAACCUGGGAUACUGGUGGAGUGCUUAACCUCAGAUUUCCGAGGUGACCUGGAGGCUGUUUCAUCUUUGGCAAACUCUGGUCUAGACGUGUUUGCGCAUAACAUUGAAACAGUGAAGAGUUUGCAGAGAAUUGUGAGGGAUCCCAGAGCAGGAUAUGAUCAGAGCUUAGCAGUUCUGAAGCAUGCAAAAAAUUGCAAGGAGGGCAUGAUUACCAAGUCUUCUAUCAUGCUUGGUCUUGGAGAGACUGAUGAAGAGGUGAAACAAGCAAUGAUGGACUUAAGGGCCAUUGGUGUUGAUAUCCUUACCUUGGGCCAGUAUUUACAGCCAACAGAAAGACAUUUGACAGUAAGAGAGUAUGUGACUCCUGAAAAGUUCCAGUUUUGGAAGGAGUAUGGAGAAUCGGUGGGUUUCCGUUAUGUUGCUAGUGGACCUCUGGUUCGAUCUUCAUACCGUGCUGGAGAACUAUUUGUCCAGAAUUUGGUCAGAAAUAACAAAACUAAGGUGUCUGCCUCAUCUUAACCAAAUAUCUUCUGCAAAAGCAAUCCUUGGGAUUCUUACCGUCACUGUAUGAUAAGAACAGCAAAACAAGAGUAGGCCCAGCUUUUCUUUUCAUUUCUUUUCGGAUAUGCAUGCACACUUUUGCUCUCUGCUGUAGUUGCCCCCUGUUGAAUAGAGAAAAACGAGGAUGUCAAUUCCUUUUUGUAUCAUUCCCUUUGACACAAUACAUGAAAAGCUGUUCAAGAAUUGGGGUAGUCUAUAUGAAA